AUGGCCAACUUUGCCAAUGCCCAGGGUACCCUUGACAUUCGCAUCGACAACACUUUCAAAUUCCCCAACCAGUGUGAACCUAGUCAGACAUCUUCAAGGCCAAAGUACUUUAUAGCGUUCUGUCAACUUGAACCUGGUGUCGCCGUGGACAGGAGCACGAUCGGCCGAGUUUUGGAGGUAGACACCACCGGCGCAGCCAUCCGAAAUGCAACUUUCAUCCUCGCCAACAAUGGUACGUAUGAACCUGACGAACAGGUUGAACCGAACGGCGUGAAGUGGAACAUUUGGGAACAUUGA